AUGGAACAUCCAGUCCACGAGAUCGGAGGCGUCAUCGCGGCCCUCUGCCAAGGUACCGCCGAGGAACAAGAAGUAGCGCUCAAAGACUACUACACACCCGACGCCUACUUCGUGCACCCAUUCUGCCGUGUACCCUCGUUUUCGGGCUUUGAGCUUCCUUUCAUCGGCACCAAGGUCGAUUCGCGUUUCAUUCUAAAGUUUGUCUACCAAUGGUAUCGCAUCCUGAGCCCGCAGAUUGAUAUCAAGAUCGACUCGACUGUUUUCGACCAACGUCAACGGUUGCUUUACCUGACGAUCCGCCAAGUCUUCACCAUCUGGAUUGUCCCGUUCUCGCUGUGGCAGGCGCACGUGAAGCUCGUCACUGUUCUCAAGCUUGAUGCAUUACGCGAGGGACCCAACGGCCAGCUGAUGCCCGGCGACGGCGGCAACGCCCCCAGCAAUGGAAACGCUAGAACCAAGUACUACAUUCGCGGACAGGAGGACUUGUAUCAGGUGAAUGAGUUCGUCAAGUUCGUUGCACCCUUUGGCGCCCACUUUGUCUGGACUCUUUGGCAAUGGUUUGCCACAUUCCUGUGCAUAGUCGGAGUCGUCCUGUUCUGGCCUCUGACCGCCGUCCGUAACUACGUCCUGCAGAAGGGUGCUCAGUGGAAGCUCGGGGCCAAAAGGCAGUAG